CCUUUCUAUUAUUAUUUCUUAAUCAUUUCGUUGCCAUUUUUAUGAUAUCUCGUCGUUUGCGUCCAGAUUAGUCAGGAUCUUGGGCGCGUCACUUUGUCGCGUACUUGCACCAGUUUAACGUCCACCGCUGGAACUGCAAAAUUCACAACUUCGGCCAUCGCCAUCAACACAGCAGCACGACAAUCAAUUUCGUGCGAGGCCGCUGAAUCCUCGUCAUGGACAUUCAACUCGAUUGGCCGCGCCUCAAGGCCAUUUUCGCCUCGCGACAGGACAUCCUCGACGGCAUUGAAAGAUGCGCUGAUACACCCGGCAAGAAGGCCCUCUUCAACGAGAUGGCCAAGCAUGUCGACAGCAAAUAUCCGGCCGCUGAAGAACCUGAUGCCAAGCGACGCAAGGUCCAGGCCGAAGGAGCAUCCAACGGAGCGCCCACCGGCCAGGCCUCUAGCGAGCCGGUUCUGUUGAAGAUUAACGAGAUUUCUGUGUCCGUGCCUCAAAGAAAGAAGUAUGAGCUCUGCAUGACUUCCGGUUUCUUGUAUGCGCAGGCCCCAGGCACCACUGGCCCAGUACCAGGCAUGGCAUACGCCUGGACAGACAUUGAAUAUGCUUUCUAUCUGCCCAUCCCCGAAAAGGCCCAAGUACAACACAACUACAUCCUCUUUCCCCGCGGAUCAUAUCUACCCGCCAAGGGAGCCACGAAUGCGCCAGAGCCCUUGGUUUUCACAGUUCCGGCGACUGCGCCUAAAGACGGGACCAUUAGCGGCAGUGAAGCUACUUCUGCAGCUGCUGUGUCUGAUACAUUCAAGACGUUGUUCCAUUGGGCCAUUGGCAGACGUCUCAAGGCCGCCGGCAAUGAUAUCAAAAUUGUUGGUGCAGACCCCAACAAGUUCCAGAGCGCCAUUCGCCAAUCCCACAGACCAAGCGAAAAGGCUGUCCAUGUCGGCGGCUUCCGUGGAUCCAAGGAUGGUUUCCUCUUCUUCCUAGAGAACGGCAUUCUCUGGGGCUUCAAGAAGCCGCUCAUCUUCAUUCCUCUACGCCGUAUCGCUGCUGUUAGUUACACAAAUAUUCUACAAAUCACGUUCAACAUUGUCGUCGAAGCAUUUGGCGAGGAAGGUGGUGAGCCAGAAGAAUUCGAGUUUGGCAUGCUUGACCAGCAAGAUUACGCUGGUAUCGAUAACUACGUACGCCAGAACAACUUGCAGGACGGCAGUAUGGCCGAGGAGAGAAAGGCGAAGCUACAGCUUGCCGAAAACAGAAAGAAGGGUGAAGAUGGCGACGCUGACGGCGACUCAAAGAUGGGCGCUACCGAGCUGGAAAAGGCGCACCAGGAGGCCGAACAGCAGAUGCAAGAUGAUGAGGACGAGGAGGAAGAGGACUUUGAUCCUGGAAGUGAGGGAGACAGUGAUGGAUCAGGCUCUUCUAGCGAAGAAGAAGAUGAGGAUGGCGAGGGCGGUGGUGACGAUGACGACGGUGAUGAGGACGACGAAGAGGUUGACCCUGAUGAGGAGGUCAAGGAAGAAGACGAGGACGAGGAUGCGGGUCAUCCUGGAGGGCCGUUGUCCAUUCGACAAAACUAAAAGUUUGGUGGCGUGGCUUGUUUUGGGAUUAUGGCGUACUUUGUUGCUUUGGGAAAGGUGCAUAUGACGAACGUAAAUAGACUUUGUUUGACUCUUUCAAUUCACGGGAUAUCCAAUCAACA